AUGUGGCGUCUCAUCCGACCUUCAACACGCAAAGCUACAGAAAUCAGUUUAGUCGCUGCCAAAGAAAGAAACCAAGCGAAAACAACUCGAAUUAAGAAUAAGAGGGAGAUGGUGCAUAUAAAUAUGCACGAAAUCAAGGAUUUGACUGCGCCCGAAGUUGCCGUUGAACAGAUCAGUGGUAUCAUCAGAACCGCAUAUAAGAAAAGGUAUUUAGAUUAUGGCAAGAACGAACAAAAUAAAAAAAGAAAAAUAGAAGAUCCAACCACAUUAACUAUUGACGCUUCCAACACCAAUAUUACAUCUCAACGCGUAUGUCUCGCAACCUCAAUUCCGACAGAGAUAUUUAUUCACAUAUGUAAAUAUCUACCACCAGAGGAUCUUUUAAGACUCUCGAGAACUUGUAGGUCGUAUCGUGAUAAGCUAUUUUUCAAAGAAUCAGUCACUACUCAACAGAUCUGGUCAACCUCGAGACAAGAAUUCCUUGGUUCUCUUCCUUUACCACCACCCGAGGGAAUGGACGAGAUUUCCUAUGUGUGUCUGGCUCUAGAGCGGGGAUGCCAACUGUGUGGCGCGAAAACAAGGCGAAAGGUAUACUGGGCAUUUCGUGUUCGAUUAUGCAAUACGUGUUUUGACAAAAAGACUAUCAGUAAUCAUCGACUGGCCAAGGAUGAAAGAUUUAAUGGUGAUUUAGGUCGAAAGAUUCUUUCUGGCCUACCUUACGUCGAAGCAACUUUUUCGAGUCCUUAUCCGGGUAAUAAGUGUAUGAAAUUUAAGUGUAAAUAUUAUUGGCUUGAAGAUGUGGAACGAAACCGGCGAGAAUUUAUGUCAACUCCUCUUUCGGCACAAGCAUUUUGGGUCAAUGAGAAAAGCAAAGAAGGCGCGAGAUUUAUGAAAGAAGUACGGGCUCGUGAACAGGCUUUUAAAAAGGAACGAUCGUGCGAGCUGACAGAAAAGAAUAAAUUAUUUGAGUCUUGA